AUGACGCGCAACUCUUCCCUCGCAUCACACGGUGCAGACGUCCACACGGUGCAGAUCCAUGACCGCGACGGCACGAGCCUUUUCCGCAUCCGCUGCAUGAGGCGUCCCUCCUUCGAAACGGACGCCAUCAACGCUAAACGCAAGCCUCCCCGCGAGUACGCCGUCGGCGCUUGGGUGUAUGUUCACCGUAAUGAACUCGAUACGACCUACGUUUCGUCCCGCAAGUUAGUUAACCGCUGGACUGGGCCCUACCAAGUUUCCAAGGCAUACCCCGGUGGCGCUUACCUCUUACUCGACGAAAACGGGAAUCCAGCGUUCAAUUCGCGCCCGGUGAACCACUUGCGCCUGGUUCCCGCUCGGAUCCGCCCGGCUUGGCACGUUCCCGCGUUUAAUGCGCCCUACAACACCCCCCUCCACGAUGAUCAAGAGGAUCCACCCCCUCCCAACGCUACGCCAGAAGAGAUCGACGCUACAUCAGAAGAUAUUGGAGCCCACCAGUCCUACGGCGAAGAUGAGGAAGUGGCACCGCCGGCAUCCUUGAUGAUUGAAGAGGUGGAUGUCGUUGCCAAAUUCCGCCAAUUCCAGGAGACGAUGGCCGACAAGAAAUAUUGUCAAAGUCUUUCUCAGGACAACAUCGUUGACCUGACGGAAGGUAGCCGCUUCCUCAGUGACCUUGGCUCAAAAACAACCAAGGAAUUGAAGACUUUCCUGCUGAACGGCGUCGAUUUCCCUCAGGCGUUGAACUGGGAGAAUGAGGAAUUGCGGGACGCGUACGCGUUCACAGUUCAUACCCUCAAGCACGACCACUACCGAUCACCAGAUCCAACAAAGCUGGUCAUCUGCGGAUUCCAGGCAAGUGGCUUCAAGCUGCAUCUCCGUGUUCUCCUGCGAAUCCAAGGAUUGUUCUGGUUGGUCCCGACAAAGACCGUCAUGCUGCCGCAAUCAACACAGCAACUAAAGCUGGCCUCAAGGGCACUUGCCGAAGUCUUGAAGAUGCACCAGAUGAUCCGCCGAACCGGCGAGUACCUCAACAAUUUGAUCCUUGACGACUCGGACAGCGACGCCCCUGCUUCACUGGAUAUCAAAACGACAUCCGCCACGCCUGCAAAGGCCAAAAAGCAAAAGGAGGCUGGGAAGUGA